UUCGACGAUGUCAAGGCACAAUUGUUAACUUUCUUAAUCUCUCUGACAAAUUCAAAAAAAUCUCUCUUGUGUCUCGGGACACGGUCUCUCUCUCUCCCCUCUACGUACACAUACACACACACAUACACACAUAUAUACGUAGCGGACAGACAGACACGUAUAUACGCACGGAAUCGUGUACAACACGAAGAGGAGACCGCGUUCGCGCCACCUGACGUCUCUAAGCUUCGCACCGACAACGGCCUGUCAAACGUCAAAAAGUAACGAUCGAUCGGAGAAGAAGCGGUACUUCUGAUCCUGAAGCCUUGUCGUUCUCAUCAUCGUCGUGGUAAUUUCAUUUUUUGUUUUGGAAGGAAGUACCUUCCAGGAUACGCCGGGUAACCUGGAAUUAAGGAGGAGCUAUACGUGACUGAGCUAUGAGUACAACAGACCCCGCUGGGGAGGGUGGAGGGGGAGGAGGAGGGGGGCAGUCUGCAACGACACCUUCCACAAAUGCCGAACAAAAUGUAACACCGAGUACACCGAUAACAAGCAGCGCAGUGCCUCCAGGAUCACAGCAGCAACAACAUCCACCACCAUCGCCCUUAAGUGGUUGCUAUCUACUCGUGGUGCUUCCCGAACCCCAUAUCGCACAACAUAAGGAUCUUAUUCUCAACCGUCUUGCCAAAGGUUUCCUGUCAUGGGACAAAGACAGCUGUCACGUAGACUUGGAGAAAGAGUUGCAAGCGUUGAUAGCACAAGCUCCCGAAGGCGAGGAAGCUCGAAACGGAGAACGUCUGAUUCAAUAUGCCACGGAAAAUCUUGUUACCGAGGUUUUGAUACACCCGCAAACGAAUACGUUAUUACAAUGCAUUCGAAAUCUUCUCGCAAGUUUCACGAAGCAUCGACACAUCAUACAUGCUGGAUAUACGUUCGGUGGCAAUGGUUCCUGGAUACUACAGGAUGGAACCUUUAGUCUUGCGGACUUUCUCGAUGCGUUCAGCGAACAUGAAGUGCAAAGAGUCCUUCGUGCCUACGAGAAUAGCGUUACGGUAGAUAUUCAUUGUGCGGGUGUCGGCGAUUGGACAACUACUCGAUUAUCCAAGGAAUCUUGUACUAGAUCUUGCCGAGUUCGAGUAAAUCCAGACGAUGUUUUAACAGCUGGAGUACCAACGAUCACGAGCUUCACAAAUUAUGUCGGGCAAUAUCUAAUCGCUCAAACAUUAGACCAACUGAUGGAACCGUCCGAUGUCGUUGGAAACAUCAGGUUCAGCCAUCCUACUUUAUACGUCUUCCCUGGUGGGCAAGGUGAUGCCGCUCUCUUUGGUAUAAACGGCUUCAACAUGCUCGUCGACGGUGGUUUCGCGAGAAAAGCGUGCUUUUGGGAUUUCACGAGGCACUUGGAUCGCCUCGACGCUGUUUUGUUAACUAGGAUAAAUAAUAGUAAUAUCGGCGGCAUGUCCAGUGUUCUUCGUAAGAAAAAGGAGAUGCAUGUCUAUCCACAGAUCGGUCAUUUCUUCUGCAACCUCGUUGAAAGAAGACAAUCUCAUUCACCAGACGGCGACAAAGACAUCGAUCCUCUGAUAUUAAAUCUGAUAGACGUCGGCCAAGAAAUGGUCGUCAAUCUUCGACACAUCAAUCUUCGUGCUCACCCAUGCUACAGAGAUCCAGAUCCAAUCAAUCUCUAUCAUAAAGUUGGACAUGGUACUUUAGAUAUGUAUGUUUUAAGCCCGAACAAGGAGAGCCGAGAAGUGAGAGAAUUCUUGGCAAAGUGGCAUACGUCGGACGUGAAAUUAUUCGCUGGGACACAUAAAAAGGACUCGAAUAAUUUAACGUUUCCUAUUCAAAAUCUUGUCUCAAUAUGCGCGUUACUAGUUUGGCAACCCGCUAAUCCUGAAGAUAACAUUACUAGAAUCUUAUUCCCCGGAAGUACACCACAACAUAAAAUCUUUGAAGGAUUUGAACGAUUAAAACAUUUGGAAUUUUUGAAGCAUCCAAUUUGUUCGGCGAAGAGUCUUUCGCCGUCGACGUCAUUAGUAACCUUGAAGGACAAGCCAGUGAAACAAAAAUUUGGCUUGAUCGAGAAGGAAGCAAAGAAAGCGAAAGAAAUCGAUAUUAAGAAAGAGAAAAAAGAAUCUCCAGAUAUCAAGGCACUAAAAGCUGCUGAGGAAAUAUCGACGAAAGCGACACCCCAAUCAACACCGAUAAUACCAACAUCGAAACCAAAAAAGAUAGAAGAUAAACCAAAGAAAUUAGCGGCGGAGAACAAGAAGAUCGAUAUCGAUGCUAAGGAAAAGAAAAUCGAGAAGGAGCUAAAGGAGACGAAGAAGGAAGUGAAAAAAGACUCGAUUAAAGCUGAGAAAGCUGAAAAACAAGAGAAACAUGAGAAACGUGACGAAGAAGUUAGUAAAAAGGAAGUGAUCAAGGAGGAACCAGAAAAAGUAGUUCCUACGAAAGAACCGAAAGUAAAAGCUGAGCCAGUAAAAAAGACGAAGGAACCUAAAGUUAGUAGAACUAUGAAAACGGAGGUUUCAUCGAAGGUAAAGUCAUUGGAAAAAAAGAUGAAGGCACCGAGCUCAGAGAAGAAAGAUACUUCCAAAUCGUCACCAACGACACCAAAAAAGACAUUGAACGGUGUUGCGACUAAAACAGAAAUAUCGAAGACUGCACCUAGAGGACGACCAGCUGCGAAAGCUGUAUCAACGGCACCGGCGAAGAGUGCCAAGGAUGCGAAUAAUCGAAAGGUUGUGGAGCAAAAGAAUAUUGAGAAAUCAGUUGCGAAGGAGGCACCUGUUGCAGUUGUCAAGGUAUCGGCUAAGCCAAAGCCAAUGGAUAGAAAGCCAAUCAGUCGAAGGCCUAAACCAGUUAGCCCAAGUAAAGCAAGAGUUCCUGGUAGUCCUGCAAAAUCGACUCGAAGUACACCAACUGCUUCCGUAAAGUCAGACAAAGAUGGUGUUAUCAGGAAGAUGAAGGGAGAUAAGGGUACUACUGAUUCAUCGACAGUGUCCACACCUUCCGGAGUUGAACCGGAAUCAACGGCGAAGCUCGUUGAAAAAAGUCUAAUCGAAAAGUCCGAGGACAUUUCUUUGGAUUCUAUCGAAAGUAAAGUUUUAGCUGACUUGAAAGAAGAACGUGAAGUCGUUGAAGAGAUCGAGGCAGUACUGCAAAAAGCAGAAAGAAUUGAGACCAGAAAGGACGAUCGUUUCGAAGGAGACGACGAAAUUACAGCCGAAGCUACCGAUAAAAAGGAAGAAGACAUGACGGAGGAAGACGUAACCGCGGAGAUCGAAGAUGCACCAAAAAAGGAGAGUUCUCGAAAGGAAAGUCAAGAGUUAACGGAAGAAGACGAAUAUUUGAUCGUUGAAAAGGAAGAGAUAUAUACCGAGGACUCUGUUCAGAGUGGUGAAGGCGAACAAAAGCAUAUCUUGGACGAGGCCGAAUCUGAAAAGACUAAAAUACUAAAAGAUACUAUGGAAAUAACGAAAGAAAAGGGAGAAAAAGAGGAACCGGAAAAGGGUAAGGUCGAGAGUCCAGAGAAGAAAGCAGAGAUCGUCGAAAAGAUCCCAACGAAAGAAGAAAAGAAAGUGUCCCCAGAGGAGAAACCUGUUACUACACCAGCUCCAGAAAUUACACCAAAGCCAGAAGAUAAAGAUGAUUCUGGUAAAAAAGACAGCGAAGAAGUCACGAAAGAACCAUCCAGUUUGAGUCCAGAUAAAUUGGACUCUUCCGAAAAAAAGACGACCGACACGGACAUGAAACCUGAAGUGGAUCAAAAAGAACAUAUUCUUGAAAAAUUAGAGGAAUCUCAGGAACGUAUCUCGACGUUGGAAUCGGGUGCCACGACCACUGCUCCGACACUUCCCGAAGAUGAACGUAUUCCUCUCGACGAGAUAAAGGAAGAUAUCGAUGAGAAACACGUUAUCGAAGAAGUCAAAGAGAAGGAUGCUCCUGUUAAAGCUGAAAAAGAAAUUAUUACUCAGGCUGUUCCACCGGCGAGUAAACCCGACGUAAAAGUUUUCGACGUUCGACAGGCUGUUCAAGGCUUGCAACGAGACAUUGUCAAAACUCCGGACGAGGUCGCCGAUCUUCCGGUUCACGAAGAAGUCGAUCCGAAACUAUAUCGAAUGGAUUUCGAGAAGGACAAGGAAGAAAGAGUAGCAGCUCCACCUACUCAAGAAAUCAAGGAACCAGAACCAACACCACCAGUCAAGGAACAAAAAGGUGUUUUCAGUUUCUUCGGUAAAGUAGCUGAUAAAUUUGAAAAGGGAAUCGAUAAAUUGACGAAAAAAACGAAAAAAGAACCCGAAAAGGAGGAGGAUAAGUCAUCGUCGAAAUCUAGCUCUCCGAAGGAAGCAAAAGUACAAGAAAAGAUUACUUUGGAGGAGGUGGAUAUGGAAAAGAUGUUCCCAAAGGUGGGCAAAGUAGCUGAAAAGCCGGAGGGAUUCGAGAAGGUUGAGCCUGUGCUAUCGGAAGUCAAAGUUGCGGCCAUCAAGGAAACUGUAGCUUUCAUUGAGGAAGAAGAAUCGAAGGACAUCAAGAGACGUAGCGUACCGGAUUUGGAAGUGAAGGUGUCUGAUAAGGUCGAAGUUAUCACGGAGAAGCCAAUCGUUUCACCGACCGAAAAAUUCGAAGGGAAGGAAGAAAAAGAAGAAAAGGAAAAAUUCGUGAAGGAGGAAGAUCUUUUGAAGGAAGAGGAAGUCGGGGAAGACGUUGAAGAAGUAAAAGCUCUGCUCGAGGAAGCUUCGAAGAAAUUUAAAACGGUGAAGGAUAGCCUUAGAGAUUCUCUAGAAUCUUUGGAAGAGAAAAUCGAAGAAGAGGAAAGUCUUUUACGUCACGAAGCAGCCUUUACGAAGGACAUUGUCAAGGACACUUUGGAAGGAGUAGUUGAAAAAUUAGAAGAGAUGAAACCUCAGAUCGAAGACGUACCGGAAAUAAAGGGAACGGAAAAAGUAAAGUUCGAUAUUCCUAAGGAUGAGGAAUUUGAAGAAGAAUACGAAGAAGAAUCUGUUGGUCCAGUCAAGGACGUUAAGGAAGCCGUUCGUGAUGUUGGUGAAGUUCUCGCUGGAUCGGCAGGUAUAGUGAUUGACGACAAGCCUAAAGAUGUCGUUGAAAUCGUGAAAAAAGUCGCUGAAGUAUUGAAAGAAGACGAUUUUCUCCCUCCCGAGUUAUUAUUCCAGAAACCUUCCGAGAAGGAAUUGACCGAAAGAAAAGUCUCGAUACCGAGUGAAAAAACUAUCGAAGCUGAAGAUAAAUUGACCAAACUCGAGGAUAAGGUAUUCAAACCGAUCGUAGAAGAUAUUCCUAUACCCGCAAGGGUCAGUCUUACCAAAGAGAUUCCUACGGAAAUUGCUAAACCUUUACCGAUUUACGAAAAACCUGGUGCGAUCGAGGUUGAAGAAAAACCUUCUGAAAAAGUUGUCCAAGACGUAAAAGAAAUCAUUUCGCCGGAGAAAGAUCAGAUCAAGGACAUGGAGGAUGUUAAAAAGAUCUGCGAAGAGAUAAUGAAAGACGAUUAUAUUCACGAAGAAACGAAGGAAGUCGAGGAUUCGACGAAAGUAGACGUGAUGAAGGCAGGUCUCGAAGAGAUUUGUGUAAAGGAUGUAGCCAAAGGACCGUCUAUCGGAGAAGAACCAAAACAAGUGAUAGAAGAACCAAUUAUAGCGUUCGAGCAAAAGGUAUCGCCAGCAAAAGCUGAAGUCGUUAUGGUUACACCAGAUUCUGCACCGACUUCGCCUAAAUUCACAACUGAGAAAGUUUACGACGAAGAAUUGACGAAAGAACCGAUAAAAGAGAAAUUACCAGAAUUGACUGUGGAAAUCAAAGACGUACUUAACAAGCAAACUCCAUUGGAAGAAAUCAUCGAAGAACUCGUGAUUACUAAGAAAAAGAAAAUAACUAUCGAGAUCAUUGAAUAUAUUACUAUUGUUAAACGUGUACCAAGAGAACGUGUGAUUUGUAUAAUCGAAGAGAUCAUUAUAAGGAAGAAACUUAAUCCAGAAAGUGUAGUUGACGAUAUUAAUCUUCUUAAAACGACUAUAACACCGGAAAAAAUCAUUGAGAUCGAAGAAUACAUUAUUAAUGAGUAUAUUACAAAAGGCAAGAGAAUUACCGUUCAAAUAAUCGAAGAGAUUUCAAUAAGGAAAGCUGUACCAAAGAGAAUCAUCAUUGAAAUCAUCGAAGAGAUUAUUAUCAAGAGAAAAAUUACAAAAGAGAUGGUAUACGAUAUUUCGAGCGAACAGCUUCGUGAUCUUCGCAAGGAAUCACCCGAGGAUGAAAAGAUGGAUGCUGUGAAGUCCGAAGUUUUAGCAGAAAAGAGAAAAUCGAUUGCCGUUAUCAGUUCAGAAGAAGAAGAAGAAGAAAAAGAAGAGGUGGAAAAAGAAGCUAAAGAAAAGGAAGAAAAGGAGAAGGAAGUUCCUAAAACAAGAAAAGAGGAAAAGUCUGAAGACGAGAAAAUCUUAACUCCUGAAAGCAUGGAAGAAGUCGAAGAUGGCUUCGUCAGUAUUCCUUCAGGAGCAGUUUUGUUACCUGAAGAUGACAAGGUUCAACUAGAAAUAAAGAAAAAAGAGGAACCAGAAAUUACAAAAGAACAUGAAAAAGAUGUUAUCGAUGAUUUUGAAGCCGUGGAACAAGAAUACAAAGUUCAGGACAUUACGGUCACUGAAAAGAUACCACAAGUAGGAAAAGAGAAAGAAGAACCAGAGGAGGAGAUAGAAGAUGACACUAGUGACGUCAUCGAAGCCGAAGAAAAGUUUGUGAAGGAGGUCAAGGAAAAAGUUGGAAAGAAGGAUAUCGAGGACAUCGAGGUGGUCAAGGACGUUGACAAAAUCGUUGAAAAAGACGAGACAAAAAAGAUCGUCGACGAUGUGACAAUAGAAACGGAAACGUCUGAAGUAUCUGAGAUAGUCGAUACUACGGAAAAGUAUCUGGACGAAGCUAAAGAGAAGCCUGAUGUAAAGGAUGUUAAGAAAGAAGAAUUAAAAGUUGUCGAAAAAGAGGUGAAAUUAAAGGAGCUUGAAGUUAAAGAAGCUGAAGAGCCAUUGAUAAAAGAUAAACAGGAUGAAAAGAAAAUGGAGACUGAUUUAAUCAAGGAACCAUAUCGUAAGGAAAGUGUCACUGUCGAGGAUGCAAUUCCAAGAAAAUUAUCGUUGGGGAUUAAAGAGGAAGUCAAAAUGGUGAUGGAAGAGAAAGGAAUAGAGGAAAUUGCAAAGGCAGCUGAAAUAAAAGAGAAAGAUGAAGAGAAGAAAGAAAUGGAAGACGUUAAGGCUAAAGAAAAAGUUGCACUAAUCUCGACCGAAAUUAAAGCCGAACCAAUGAAAGAUGAAAAAGCGAUUGCCGAAGCAACGACUGUAUCUGAUAAGGAGAUUGCUCCUGAGAAGGAUAUUAAAGAAGUAGAGGAAAAAGAUACUGAGCCAAAAGCUUUGGCGUUUUCACCAAAGGAAGAGAAAAAACUAGAGAUGAAAGAUAUCGUCGAAAAAGACGUCGAGCCUAUGGUAAAAGAAAUCGAGAAAGAAGUUAAGAAAGAAGAUGAGAAAAAACUUGAAGAAAAAGUUCCUGAGGACGAAAAAUUGGCGGACGCUACGGGUCGUGCUAUUGAACCUAAAGUAGAGAUUAUUGAAAAGAAACUGGAGGAGAAAGUUGAGAAAGAAGACAAACUUCCUAAGGACGAAAAAUUAGCAGACGCUACUGGUCACAUUGUCGAACCUAAAGUAGAUGUUAUUGAGAAAAAAUUGGAGGAGAAAGAAAUAAAACUCGAGGAGAAACUUCCCAAAGACGAGAAACUAGCAGACGGUACUGGUCGUGCAAUCGAGCCAAAAGCAGAGGUUAUUGAUAAAAAAUUAGAAGAAAAAGUUGUAAUGGAAGAGAAACCGGAAGACAAAGUUCCAAGGGACGAAAAAUUAGCUGAUGCUACAGGAAGUGCUAUUGAACCAAAGACAGAGAUUAUUGAUAAAAUAGUAGAGAAAGAAGAAAAACCAGAGGACAAGAUUCCCAAAGAUGAAAAAUUAACUGAUGCAACAGGACGUGCUAUUGAGCCAAAAGCUGAAAAAGAAGAAAAACCAGAAGAGAAGAUUCUCAAGGAUGAAAAAUUAGCUGAUGCAACAGGACGUGCGAUUGAGCCAAAAGCAGAGGUUAUUGAUGAAAAAAUUGAAAAGGAGGAAGAAGAUGUAAAAAUUCGAAAGAAGAGGAGUCUCCAAGAAGAGCCAGCAAUCGAGAUAAGCAAGGAUUUAAAACCAUCCGAAAGCAAAGAAAAAAUUGAAAGAGAAGAAGUAGACAAAGUGGAACUAUCAAAAGUUGCAGAAGACGCUGGAGUUGUCCAUAGAAUGUUAGUAACAGCAAGUAGCGAAGAUGGUGGACAAGAAAUGGAUAUCUGUCCAACAGGAACAAUUACCUUCGCUAAAACCGUCACACCUGAUGAUUCCUUGAAGGAAGUAUCGAUUAAAACGACACCUGACAAAGAUUCUUUGCUUUUGGACAAAGAUUCGAUCCAAUCAGAAAUCAGCUCUCCUGAAAAAGAUAGUAUUUCGGAAAAAUCAGCAACCGAAAUUAAAGAUACCGGAAAGAUCACUCCUGAAGAUAGUUUGGAUAAGUCUCCACUCGAUACACGUGGUUCACAAGAUUUUGAAGACAGUUUAGAGAAGGUAGACAUCAAAGUAAAAGAUAUUGAAAGUGUAUCACCUAGCACUGAAAAGGUUAAAGAGUUUGACAAAAAAGAAAAAAUCCAAUCUCCAGUCAAAGAUGAGAUCAAAGAGAUCAGUAAAGUAGAGUCUCCAAAAGAAGAAGCUGUUAGUAAAGCAAGUACUCCAGACAAGGAAGUUGGCAAAAUACCAUCACUUCUUGACUUAUCCAAAGAAGAAAUUUCAAAAAUAAAGACUCCCACUUCGACACCGAUCGAAGAAAAACACGAAAAGAUACCUGAAGCUAUAGUUUCCAAAUCUCCGGAAACUAGUCGUUCCGAAGACGUUUCACCAACCGAAACGAUAUUUGCGAAAUCGCCUAUCGAGAAAAAAGUUCCUGUAGAUAUUUUGAUGAAAGAGACUGAAAUUUUGAAGGAAGAAAAAGCGAAGGAAAUCGUACAGCCUGUUGACAAAGUUGACAAAUCAAAGUCACCGAGUCCUAGCAUAGAAGGCCUUGCUGAUGAGAAGACUGUUAAAAAAUCUCCUGAAGAAGAGAAACCUAUUACUGCCGUUAUAAGUGCAAAAGAUAUUGAAGAAAGUAUCCUAGAUAAAGAAAAAUCUUUAAAACUAGACGAGGAGAAAGAUAAGAUCGAGAAACCUGACGUAAAAGAUGUGACUGAUAAAACUAGAUCACCUAGUAUCGAGAAACCUUCUGAAAAGGAACAACUCGAAAAAAUUGUCAGUGAAAAAUUAGAAAAAGAAGAAAAGACAAUAGUUCCUGAAAAAUCGAGAUCACCGAGCGUCGUUGGCGAAGAAGCAGGAAAACAAUUGGAUGUAACGAAAAUCGAAGCAAAAGUCGAUUUAGAAAAAAUAGAUCACGUCGAGAAACCAAGAUCUCUCAGUAUAGUCAGUGACAAAGCGAUAGAAGAGAAAGAAGUGGAUAAAAAAGAUGAAUCAGAAAAAAUCGAGAAGGACGUAUUGCUUGAGAAAGCAAAGUCGCCGAGCAUUUCCGAGGAUAAAUCAAAAGAAGAAUCCAAAUCACGCAGCAUAAGUCCUUCGGAAAAGAUCGAUGAAAAAGAAUCGAUCGAUAAAUCGAGAUCACCAAGUAUUACGACUGAAGAAAAAACACAACUAGAAAAAUCCAAAUCUCCGAGCAUCUCCGAUGAAAAAUCUCUAAAGGCUGAGGACGAUAAAUCGAGAUCACCGAGCGUUGUUAGUGAUAAAGUGGAAGAAAUCGAACGUGAAAAGUCAAAGUCGCCCAGCAUUGAGAAGGAAUUAACUGUUGACAGAUCUAGAUCGGCAAGUGUUGUUAGUGAGAUUCAGGAUACGAAAAAAGUCGAGGAAGUUAAAUUAGAUCGUGCUAAAUCACCGAGUAUACCUGAAGAAAAACCUGAGGAAAAGAUCGUUAAAGAAUCGAUCCCCGAAUUAAAAGCAGCGGUACCAGCAUCUGUCGACGUUCCUAGCGAUAAAAUAAAAGAUGCGAAAGAAUUAAUAAGUGAAACGGAGAAGGUUGACGUUAAAAAAGAAAUCCCUCUUCCUGCCGAAGAAAUAACAAUCGAUAAAUCAAGAUCACCUAGCGUGACAAGUGUCUCACAAAAAGUGGAAGACUCGAUCGAUCGAUCGAAAUCACCGAGCAUAAGCAGUCAAGUGUCGGACGAGAAGAAAUCGGAAGAUCGUUCGAAAUCACCGAGCAUUGCCAGUGAUAAAGUGGAAUUGGAAAAGGAAAUCGAAAAAUCAAGAUCACCUAGCAUCGUCGAUAAAGAAGUUUCUGAAAGUUUGGAAAAACCUUUGCUCGCCGAAGAAAAGAAAUCGAGCGAAGUAUCUCCGGUGACUGUGAAGGACAAAGAAGACGUCAAGGUUACCGAUAAGUCAAGAUCACCUAGCGUCGAGAGUACCAUUGAAGACAAAGGAGCGAUUGAUGUAUCGAAGUCACCAAGCAUAACUGAAAAAUUAGAAGACGAGAUUAGAAGAAGUAAAUCAGCUAGUAUAACCAGUGAAAAAUCUGAAGAGAAAGUAUUAAGCGAGUUACAAAAAUCACCUAGUGUUUCGGACGAAAAAUUGGACUCUAAAGAAAUAACAGAGAAACUUGUCGAAAAAGAAAAAUCACUUAGUCCUGUAAGUGUCGCCGAUAGUAAAUCAAAAUCUCCGAGUAUUACCGAUGAAAAAGUAACUUCAACAGGAAUCACGAUCGAAUCGAUCGAAAGAGCUAAAUCACCAAGUAUCACCAGUGAUAAAUCGUUGGAGAAGAAAUCGGAGGAUCGAUCCAAAUCUCCGAGUAUCGAAGACCGUUCAAAAUCACCGAGUAUUGUUGGAGAAAAAUCUGAGAUCGGUGAGAUCAUAGAAAAAUCUAUUGAAACGAAAGAGUCCGAUAAAACAGAUAGAAGUAAAUCACCAAGUAUAUCUCCAAGUAUCGCUGGAGAAAAAUUGGAUCUUAAAGACGUCGAAGAAGUAGUUGAUAAAUCAAAAUCGCCGAGUAUUAGUGAUAAAGCGGAUCUCAAAGAUGUGAUUAUUGAACGAUCAAUCCGUGAAGAUCGUUCUGGCAGUGUCGCAAGUAUUACCAGUGAAAUCAAAGAACCAUCGGAGAAGUCGAAAUCUCCUAGCAUUUCUAGUGAAAAACCUGACCUUGAGGAAGUAGAAGACGUCGGAAUACGAAAGGAAUCGAUCGGUAAAAGGGAAUCGAUUGGUAUUAUUUCAGAAAAAUCACAGAUCGUAGAAACGGAUCAGAAGGUAGAAGAUAAAUCGAGAUCUUCUAGCGUAACGAGCUUUGCUGGUGAUCAAAAACCUACAGCGGAUUUAGAAAAAUCUAUUGAUAUUUCUGAAAAGAUCGAUAUCGAUAGAAGUAAAUCUCCGAGUAUUAGCAGUGACAAAUCUGAUGAUAGAAAACCGGACGAUAAAAGUAGUGAACGAGAACAUUACGAGGACGCAAUCGACGAGUCUCGUUCACCUAGCUUCACUGAAGAUAAGAGUCUUAGCAAAGAGAGUAUCGAAUCGACCUCUCCUAGCACUACGGUCGAAAAGUUAGAUCGUGUGAUAGAAAAGGAUGAUUUGAAAUCGCCCGUGAAAUCUGAAGAAUUUCAUAUUCCUAAGAAAGACGUCGAAGGGGCGAUAAUAGUGGAAGGCAAAGAAGAUCGUUCAAGGACACCGAGUGUCGCGGAAGUUAAAGUCGAUGAUAAGUCUAGGUCGGCUAGUAUCGUUAGCGAAGUAUCUGCUAAAGAAGUCAUUGGUAAAUUAGAAAAAGAACCUUCACCGGAAAAAGAUAAGCAAAAGUCACCUUCUCCGGAAAUUGUCAAAGAAGAAAAAUUAUCGGAAAUUGAAGAAUCAAGAAAGUCUGCUUCACCGGAAAUAGAAAAAAUAGAAAAGGUUGUACCGCCAGAAACAGAGAAAUCAAAAUCUAUUUCACCAGAAGUAGAAAGACUGGAUAAGUUACCUACGCUCGAAGUAGAUAAACAAAAAUCACUUUCACCAGAGUCUGAAAAACUGCCGAAAUCACCAACCCCAGAGACUGAAAAGAAAGAAAAAUCUCCUUCUCCGGAAGUUUUAAAAGAAAAGUCGCUUUCUCCAGAAAUGGAAAAACCAUUAAAACCAUUACCACUUGAAUCGGAAAAACAGAAAUUGCCUUCGGCAGAAGUAGGAAAAGAAAAGUCUGCUUCGCCAGAAGUAGAAAAAGAAAAGUCUGUCUCUCCAAGAAUAGAAAAAGAGAAGUCUGCUUCGCCAGAAGUAGAAAAAGAAAAGACUGUUUCCCAAGAAGUAGAAAAAGAAAAAUCUGCUUCGCCAGAAGUAGAAAAACAAAAAUCACCUUCGCCGGAGACGAAGACAGAAAAAUUACCUUCCCAUGAAAUAGAGAAAUCAAAGUCUCCUACACCAGAAGUACAAAAAGAAAAAUCACCAUCACUUGAAAUACAAAAAGAAAAAUCACCAUCACCUGAAAUACAGAAAGACAAAUCGCCAACACCAGAAAUACAAAAAGAAAAAUCGCCUUCGAUAGAAAUGGAAAAGGAAAAAUCACCAUCGCCUGAAGUACAAAAAGAAAAAUCGCCGACACCGGAAAUACAAAAAGAAAAAUCACCAACACCCGAAAUACAAAAAGAAAAAUCACCUUCGUUAGAGGAAAAGUCACCUGCAGCUGAAUCAGAAAAAGAAAAAUCUCUUUCACCAGUAUCAGAGAAGGAAAAAUCUCCAGCAGCAGAAGUGGGUAAACAGAAGUCGCCUUCACCUGUAUUAGAAAAGGAAACGUCACCUGCAGCUGAAUCAGAAAAACAAAAAUCUCCUUCACCAGUAUCAGAGAAGGAAAAAUCUCCAGCAGCAGAAGUGGAUAAACAGAAGUCGCCUUCACCUGUAUUAGAAAAGGAAAAGUCACCUGCAGCUGAAUCAGAAAAACAAAAAUCUCCUUCACCAGUAUCGGAGAAGGAAAAAUCUCCAGCAGCAGAAGUAGAUAAACAAAAAUCGCCUUCACCCGUACCAGAAAAGGAAAAAUCACCUGCAGUAGAAGUAGAUAAACAGAAAUCUCCUUCACCAGUACCAGAGAAGGAAAAAUCACCUGCAGCUGAAUCAGAAAAACAAAAAUCACCUUCACCCGUACCAGAAAAGGAAAAAUCACCUGCAGCAGAAGUAGAUAAACAGAAAUCUCUUUCACCAGUAUCAGAGAAGGAAAAAUCUCCAGCGGCACAUUCAGAAAAACAAAAAUCACCGACUCCUGAGUUGGAGAAAGAAAAAUCUCCUGCGUUAGAAACAGAAAAACGAAAGACUCCUUCACCGGUAGCGGAGAAGGAAAAAUCUCCUUCAUUGGAAGAUGCAAAACAAAAAUCAUUAUCUCCAGAAAUAGAGAAGCAGAAGUCUCUUUCACCGGAAACAGAGAAAUCAGAGAAAUCAGAGAAAUCUAUAUCCUUAGAAUCGGAGAAGGAAAAAUCUCUUACACCUGAAGUAGAUAAGCAGAAACCAACAACGGUAGAAAAGGAGAAAUCUCCAUCUUUGGAGAAAGAAAAAGAAAAAUCCCUAUCGCCAAUGACAGAAAAGGAAAAAUCUCUUACACCAGAAAUAGAAAAGGAAAAAUCAGCGUCACCAAAAGCCGAGAAAGAAACAUCGCCUUUAUCAGAAACAGAAAAACAAAAAUCAUCUUCGACAGAGACAGUGAAGUCGUCUUCAGAGACCGAAAGGAGAGAAAGAUCUCCAACUCCGGAAAGUGGAAAAUUACGAAAAUCAAUAUCACCGGAAGUAGAAGAUAAGGUCAGAUCACCGACCGGAAGUGAAAAAGAAUACGAAGUCGAUGCACGUAGGUCGAAAGAUGAUGACGAAAAUGUUCCAAAAGAUAGGUCACGUUCGCAUAGUUUAUUCGAGCCAGGAGAGAAAACACCGUCGACUCGUUCUCGUGCAGCAAGUUUGUACGAGGAUAAAAUACCAGACAAGUUAAAUCUUCAGGAAGGAGCAAAAACGACUUACGAUGAAAAAGAAAAGAAAAAACCAUUAGAAGAAGAAGAAGAGGAGGAGGAAGAGGAGGAAGAAGAAGAAAAAGAGAAAGACAGACAAAUGAGUAGCACAAUUGGUAUUACCGGAUCGAUACACGAAGAAUUUGAAGAAGUUUAUUCUAAGAAAACUAGUCAAGCUAAAGACACAGAAGCUGAACGACUUCCCAAGCAAGAAAAAUUCGAAGACGAGGUAGAUGAUAUUGUUAAAGUGACGGCGGAAAAGGUAGCAGAGAUUGAAAAGUAUAUCGUUGAUGAGUUCUUAAGCAAAAAACAAAAGAUUACAAUAUCUGCGAUAGAAAUAAUCGUUCUCGCUUAUGCGGUACCAGAAUUUACAGUGAUGGAUAUUAUAGAAGAUAUUCUGAGACGGAGAAAUCUUCGCAAGGAAUCAGUCUUGGACUUUAUCGACGAGGAAUCCGACGAGAAAUCCGAGGAAGAGUUAAUAAAAUCGAUGCCAGCGGGAGUAAAACUGAUAUCGACCGAAAAGAUGAGAGAGGUUGAAAAUUAUAUAAUCAAUGAAUACGUUGAUAAAAAUAAAAAGAUCACUAGUAAGAUCUUAGAUGAGAUCGUUUCUCUGAAAGGUAUUCCUCGAAAUUUCCUCAUCAUGAUAAUUCAAGAGGUAACCGUGAGAAGAAAGAUUCCAAGUGGCUUCAUUAUGGAUGCUGAAGUUUUGCAAGAGUCGUUAAGAAAGACAUCGGAGGAUGAAGGACUUGCUAAGAAGAAGGAGAAGGACGAAGAGCACGAUAAGAGUGUACGUGAUUCAAAGAGUCCAAGUUUAAGUUCGGAACCAAUCCCUUCGGACAAAUCCACUCAAGAUAGUCCCGUACAUUCAGAGCCACAUAUUGACGAAGAAAUCUCGAUUUCUGAAGAGAAACGUACCGAGAUUGAACAAUUUCUAGAGGAGGAGUAUAUCAAGAAAGGACGAAAAAUUACCGAGGUCAUUCUGGAGGAAAUAAUCGUGAGAACUUCUUUACCAAGAUACAUUAUCCUCGAAAUCAUCGAAGAAAUAAUUAUCAAGAGAAAACUACCACGUAAAUCGAUAAUCGAUGUUGAAAUCUAUCACGAGGACGAACCUGAAAGUUAUGAUAAACUCGAAUAUCGAUACGAAAAGUCAUCAGACCUUGGACUCUCCGAAGGUGAUAGAAAACUUUCCGGUGAGUACAGAUUAGGAGGAUAUGCAGAAUCAGCUGGUAGGCAAAUGGAAAAAUCUAUUCCAAGUUAUCCGUUAGAUUACGAGAGUCAAUUUCACAAAGCUUUCGUUGGUGGAAUGACAGAAAUUCGUACGACUCAUAUAACAACAUUGUCAGGAAAAUCGACUCCAGAUUUUGCUACCCGUGACGGUACACCUGACUCAACGUCCGAACCUACUGGAUCCACCGUUGAAAGAACGGAUGAUAAAGGAAUAAGAGCAACUGAUCGAAUUUCACCUGACAAACAACAAAUUUUGAUUUCUAAGGGUGAGAUAACUGUUCAAAAAGUUGAAAUAUUAAAGGAGAGUAGAAUCGGUGAGCAAGAGAUUCCUCCUGAGAAAGAUGACAAGCAAGAAGGAGACGGAGAAACGAUCAGAAAAAUAAUCAAACGUGAAAUUAUCGAACAAGAAGAACCAGAAAUCGUAACUAAAGUAAUUAAAAAAAGAGAAAUAAUUGAGCAAGAAGAACCAGAAAGUAUGGACGAAACGUCAAAGAAAGAAUCAGUAGACCAGGUUGAAUCUCGAAUAACGACGAAGAUCGUGAAACGUGAUGUAGUCGAAGAUGAAAGUGAGCCUGAAAUUAUAACUAAGAUAGUGAAACGAGAAAUAAUCGAGGAAGACGAACCUGAAGUAAUUACCAAAGUGAUCAAGAGAGAAAUCAUUAUUCCAGAAGAGAAAAUGUCUGAUUUGCAGGAUCACGAGAUCGUGAAAAGGGUAAUUAGUAGAGAGGAAACGCCAGAAUCAGUUGAAACGAUAACAACGAAGACCACGAGAACGAUCGUUACUGAGGAACUUCCAACAUCAAAAAUGUCUACUUCCGAUCUAGAAAAACCUGAACUUUAUACGUACACGAUAUCGCGUGAAGGAACAUUAGAGAAGAUCGAUACGUCUAAUUUAGAUGCUACCUAUAAAGUAAUCAGUCGAGAUGUUACACCAGAAGUUUCGAAGAGUGCCGAGGUUAAAAGAAUCGUAACAACAGUUACGACGAUUACCGAGCCUGAUGGCAAAGUUACCACGAAGAAAGACGUGAAAGAAAGUAGCGAUACUGUCGAUAGCGAAGAACUUUUAGAGAAACUCAUUGAUUCUACUAUUAGUGAAAAAACUGGAAAGGUCACGACGGCUGAGACAAAAACUACCGAAGGAUCGAAAAUGGAAAAGGUCAUCAAGGAAACGAUAACUACGAUGACAUCAACGUCCGGUACAUCGACUCCAGAUGUGAAAACUUUCUAUGAUUCUGGUAAAUCGACUCCUGAUUCGAAAUUUGAAGAGAAGUCUGAUACCAUUGGUAAGGAUCACUUGGAAAAGAUUGGAAAAUUAGAACAUUCCGUAUCACCAUCGGUACGUGAUCUGAUAUCCGAUGAGAAAAGUUAUUCAGGAAAAUCCUCACCGGAUAUAUCCUUGCCAAAGGACAUCGUUUAUAGUGGCUCUACUGGCAAAUCAACUCCGGAUAUUCCAAUUUCUCCAUUGGUUAGGGACGGUGCAGCAGUGCCACCACUUGUAUCUGGAAGGUCGACACCUGAUAGAAGAUCGGAAGGUCGGUCGACGACCGCAACGCCCGAAGGAUUCAGAUCAGGUGAAGUAAUUCGAACGAUCAUUACCACGACCAGAACAAUGUCGGAAGAAGGUGAAAUCAUCACGACCACCAAGGAAGUUACGGAGGCUACCAAUGAGAAAGGUGAAACGAUAAUCUUAGCUGAAAAGACUGACGUUAAGGUUGACGAUCGUUUGCCAAGCAAGGAUACUGCAGAAAUGGCGAUCAGUAGCGCGAUCGAUACCAUAAAAGGUUCAACGGAGUUACAACGAGCAGGAAGUGCGAGUUCCGAUGCCAGCAGUGACAAGGACAAUAUAGGACCAAUCAGUCCUCGUAGCGAUCAGAGCAGUAUUCAUAGCAAAGUGAGAGCUCAUGUACUUGGUAGCAGCGAAGAAAGACAAAUGACUUAUUCCGACGACGAACCACCUAGUUCUCCUCUCUCUUCGACGUCACAAGUCGGCUAUUCCCCGCAAUCGAAACAGUACGAGAGUUCUUCCGAGAAGGAAGAAGAAACGCACAAACCCAUCGAGUUCUCUGCUGCGGCCAUGAGCAGUAGCUUUUAUGGCGAAUUACCAGCUGUACCUCCGGCGAUGAAGACGUUCCAAGAAAGUGGUUUGCACAAGAGCAGUGAUCCCAUUUCCAUUCCAGGUGACUUCACUUUCAAGAGAUUCACCGUUGAGAAAGAGUAUGCUGGUAGUUACGAAGAGAAACAUGAUACUAAAAAAUACGUUGACGAAGCUGAUUUAGAUUUUGAAAAGGCUUUGAUGGAACGGAAGGAAUUAAAAGAAGCAACUGAUUUCGGUAGUACCAUAGCACCUAGAUAUACCAAUGGAAGUCUUCGUCAAGAAUUAACCCACGAAUCGAUGAAGAGCGAUCGUCCGUCAUCUUCAUUGACCGAGGAGAGUUCUGAAAGUAAAAAAGAUUCAAAGAAAGACCCAUUGGAAGGAUGGGGAACACCUUUAGGUUUACCAUCACCGAAACCACCAAGAAAGUUCAAUCUUAAAAAUCCAACGCAACCUUCGAACGAAUUCUCAUCGGAUAAUCUUAAUUUCGACGUAACGAGCAAUUGGGGUGAACCUUUAAGAUUACCUUCCCCAGCACCAGUAACCACAGAGAUUUCUAAUAAAGGAGCACCUGGUACACCGAAAAAAGACAGAAAACAAGCCAAGAAAGUUCUCUCGGAGAAUCUCAAAAAUAAAAAACGUUCCGAGAGUCCUGGGAAAAACGAGAAGAAAAUGAAAGAUUCUAAGAACAAGGUUCAACCGGUUUACAUGGACCUUACUUAUGUUCCUCAUCAUGGUAAUUCUUACUAUACGUCCUUGGAAUUUUUCAAGAGAAUUCGUGCAAGAUAUUACGUCUUCAGUGGCACGGAACCAAGCCGUGAAGUUUACGAUGCCUUGUUAGAGGCUAAAAAGACUUGGGAAGACAAGGAUCUCGAGGUAACAAUGAUUCCAACUUACGACACCGACACUUUGGGUUAUUGGGUUGCCGAUAACGAAGAAGCCUUAGCUGCUAAUCACAUAGAUCUAUCACCUUCGGCUUCACGAUGCACGAUCAAUCUUCAAGAUCACGAGACGAGCUGCAGCGCCUACAGGCUCGAAUUCUAGGGAAUGGCGGCCUGCUCAGCCGUAAUAGUCGAGUUCUGAGCGGCUACCGGAUAAACGCUAAAAAUCCUCUAGUCAAAGUCCGGUGCUAUCCCCGCCAUCGAAAAAAGAAAACAAUUUUAGAAGAAAAAGAAGAAGAAGGUUGACUAUUUGUCUUCCUUUUGUGUGUGUCCCGUAUCGCGAUUCCUCCGAUCUUCUCCCCGGCAUCCCGAGGAAGAUGUGCUCGAGAUCUUUUCGCGAUCAUAGCUUUUGCCAGAUGCAUCUUUCUCGCUCUCUCUUUUUUCUCUUUCUCUUUCUUUCUCUCUCUCUCUCUCUCUCUCUUUCCCUCUCCAUCUCCCUCCCCCUCUCUCUCUCUUUCUCUCUCUUUCUCUCUUGUUUGAUAUUAAAUUAUUAAUAUCAAAUUAUUUUCAUUAAAUAGUUAAAUUUUCAAGAGAAGCACUAAAUAUCCUGACAAAUAUCCUAUUCAAUCUUUCUUGCGCUGGGAAAGCGCCAUUUAUACAUCUUACACGUAUACAUAUAAAAGCUCAUUAGAAAAUACAGACAUGCAUAGACACACGUACGUAUUCUUACCCUAUCUUUUGUCUCACGCUAUUUUUUACCGCGAACGUUUCGACGUUUGUACGUAAAAAUAUUCUGCCAACGACGAGCGAAAGACACCGAGCUAUUCGAUUAUCAUAACAAAAAAAAAAAAAAAAAGAAAGGAAAAUAAAGCAUUAAUAGCUAAGUUCGAUCGCGAAAAGAUCAUCGUGUAAUACUGUGAUUUGGGAUUAGCUGUACGUUAGAUACCCAACAAAUUGACUAGGAUAUUCAAAUUCCCAAGUGCGACCUUAUUCCGUAGUCGAACGUCAAAACCCCAGAGAACGUUAUCUUCAAAUCAAUCUUAAAUCAGAGAAUGAGAUAAUAUAUAUGUAUCAUAACUCGUCCCCGCCCUCUCCUUACCAACAAAACGAGAUCGAAGGAGUACCUUUUAAACGUCAUGAAGAUAAAUUAUUCUUGAUGAUUAUUACAAUGGGAGAGAGUGCUUCGAUUAAAAAAGAAGAAGAAGAAGAAGAAAAAAAAUAUGAAAGGACAACGUGCCGAAUGUGUCAUUUUUGUCAACCCGAAAUAAUUGAUAAGAAGGGAUUUAUCGCAGUGAUCCCUUCUUUUAAACAUCGUCUAUAUCGAUAUCACUUUCACAUAAAUGUCUUAUCCGUGCGUAGAUAAUAACAACAAGAACAAAAAAAGAAAAAAAAAAAAAGAAGAAAAGAAAGAAAACGGAGUAAACUAACGAGAAUCGAGAAGCUAACUACAAAAAAAUUAAGAAGUUAAUCUGUGUGUCGUGUUUCUAUAUCGUAGAAUAGAAACUAGUGAUACGCAUACCUGGACUUGGUCUCGUAUUAUGGAAUAAUAUAGAAGUUGCUUCGACGCGUACUAAUUUUAGGUCGAAUGCGUCGUUGAAAGAAAGAAAUAAAAAAUAAAUAAUUAAAUAAAUAAAUAAAUAAAUAAAUAAAUAAAUAAAUAAAUAAUUAAAUAAAGGUCAAAAUAUCGCCAAGGAGAAAGAGAGAAAGAGAGAAUAAUAAAAAUCACAAAAGCAAAGCCGAUCUACGGUAGCCAGGGUGUUUCGUAUUCUUUCUUUCUUCUUUUUUUAAUCACUUUUUUCUCUCUUUCUUUAAAGACAAAAGGAAAUAAUAAUAAUAAUAUAAAGAGAUAAAGAAAAAAGAAUCAAAACACUUAUUUUUUUUUCUCUCAAUAGAAACAGAAAAAAAAGAGAACCAUAGCGUCUGUGGCGAUGCGCUACGAUACCGAUUACUCGCGAUACAUCCAUCCAAAUAAUGAAAACGGAUUAACCAAGAUAGUCCACGUUCGAUAAAUAAAUAGAACACAAAUAAAAAUAAAAACUAUAUAUAUCCGAGGGAACGAGUAACUUAAGUUAUACGAAAAGACAAGAAACAACAAAAUCAGCAUCGUUUCUCGUUCUCUCUGUUUAGGGUCACCUUAUUAGGGAACCUUAUUAGCGAUAACUUUACUCACUCUUAAGAAGAAGAAACGAAAUUAAAACUAUAAGCCACGCUCGAGAGGAAAAAGAAAAGGUUCAUGAUUUUGACCCAUUCGCGAGGCUGAAAAACUAUUUAUCAGAACCAAGAUCUAAGCUUAAGCUUUGCUAAGCUCUCUCUCUCCACACAAAAAAUCCUUGGUCUAUGUUCUGUUUUUUUUCUUUUUUCUUUUUUUUUUCAGAGCGCGGCAGUCUCUUGGAUACAUUAUUCGCCUUUAGGAAUAAAAAAAUAAACAAAAAAAGAGGAAAAACUAAAAACAUGAAAAGAAAACUAACGUGAGAGAAUAAGAAAGAAAGAGAGAGAGAGAGAGAGAGAGAAAGAAAUACAUUGUUUUACGCUUUGUUAGUGAUGUCAUUCGAAGAGAAUGAGGAAUCUUGUCUUUUGAUUGCGUUUAUAAAUUGUUCGAAUUAAUCCGAAGAAAAAAAAUGAGAGGAAAAGAGAGUGAGAAAGAAAAGAGAGGAAAGAGAGAGAGAGAGAGAGA